AUGGAUGCCUCCGAGGAGCUGACCUACACGAACUGCAACUUUUUCCGGAUCCGAAUAUGUUAUUCAAUCCUCAGCGGGCGUCCGGUGUCGAUCUCAAAAAUUAGAGAAGAUGAUGACAGCCCCGGAAUUCGCGACUAUGAAGCCAAAUUUAUUUCGCUCAUGGAGAAAAUCACAAACGGCACAAAGGUGGUCAUCAGCAGAACAGGUACUGAUGUUACUUUUCGGCCAGGAAUGAUCACGGGUGGAUGCGUGACGCUGAACUGCGGCACUGAACGUUGUCUGAGCUAUUUCCUGGAGCCGCUGAUUCUCAUCUCGCCGUUUUGCAAGCAGCCAAUGCGGAUAAAGUUGAUUGGGGUGACCAACGCGCCAAACGAGCCUUCUGUCGACAAUAUGAAAACCGGAUGGCUGAAUGUGUACAACAAAUUCGUGCUUAACGAUGAAGCAUUAGAACUCAAGAUCGAGCGUAGAGGUUUGAAGCCAGACGGAGGCGGCGUCAUUGUCUUUUCAGCCCCAAUUGUACGCGUGUUGAGGCCGAUUAUACGAGAAAAACCGGGAAAAGUAUGCAAGAUCCGUGGACUGGCCUAUGUUACAAAGGUUUCCCCAACACUAGCUCAUCGGACGAUCGAGGCGGCAAAGAAAGCGCUACGAGAUUAUAUUGCGGACGUCUACAUUACAGUAGAUCAGCGGAAGGGGGACGCUGGCGGAAAUUCCCCUGGUUAUGGCAUAUUCCUAUGGGCAGAGACGACAGAAGGAGUCUUCUAUACAGCAGAAGCCAUCUCAAAGCCAAAAGGUGAACCUGGCGACCCAUUGCUACCUGAAGAUAUUGGCACCGAGGCUGGGAAUGCGUUAUUGGAAGAGAUUUAUCGGGGUGGCUGCUGUGAUUCAACGGCACAAACUUUAGCCACCACCUUCAUGACACUUGGCGACAAAGACGUUAGCAAAUUUCUUACCGGACCUCUUUCCACAUACAGCAUUCACGUCUUGCGCCACCUGCAGCAAUUCUUCCAAAUCACCUUUAAAAUUGAUGACUACUCCGCGACGGAUGCGGGACUUGAUAUGUUUAAUUUUGCAAAACAGUCUCCUUGGGACUAUUUUCUUGAAACCGAAGACGGGGAGAAGGCCAGCGAUGUCUUGGAAGCAUCGUUUAGUGCCGAGCGCCGGAUUAGGGACUCUGAAUGGAUGUGGCUGAAAGCUGUCCUACAGCUCAAGAGCUCGGCUGCAGUUCUCAAUGGAGGCAAGCUCCACCCGCUCGGCAGCUAUUUGCGUUUAGAAGUGUCCUUGGAAGAUACUGAGGCAGAUACCGUCACACUACGACUAUACCUAACCAACGAAUUCACCCUCAAGGUUUCUCCCACAAAAAACUUCCCGAAGGAAGAGCCCAUUGUCGAGUGUAGCUACCAGUCGGGUUUUGCUUUUGUUUGGACGGAAUCAGACGACGCACUAGCCGCUUUGUUGACCAGCUACAUAACAUUUGCAAGGAAAUUGGAUUCCGCAAUAACGAUGUUGCAAGCGUGCGAAGGUUUCGAGUUCAAGCUUGGAAAAAUCCGCAUUGACGACGAACAAACCGACUGCAUCGGGGCCCAAAUUUUUCUUGAGGGAUCCGAAGAGAAAUUUAUGCAACGCUUCGAGCCAGCUGUCACAGUGACCGACGCUCCAGCCAAGCAGCAAGAAGCCAAAACAAUCCAUUCAAUUCCGUGCAAAUUUGAGUACACUGGUCCCGCUAAUGUUCAAAGUUAUUUUCACAUCGAGCAAAAUGGUGAUGAUGGGUCUACCGUCAAGGCAAGUCUACGUGGUCGCGGUCUCGAAGGCGCGACGGUUUCGCUGCCCACAGGCUACGAGCUAGCCGUUUUGAAGCCACGUUCUGGUCAGGGUAACUCCCUCGAUGUCGAAGCGACAACCCGUUCGGUGCAACUAUGGGAAUGGGACCGAGUUGUUGGCGAGCGUUCUGCCCUAAACCGCGCGUUUGCCUACUUGCCGAUUGCGGAGGCUUUGGCUGCCGACGAU